UUGAAUUAUCAGAGCAGGAACACAAGAGUAUGUCAAUAUUGUGUGGCAGUUAUUAAAGUACUUUUGCAUUACUUUAUUUUUCCAAGAGGAUGGGUGGCAAGUUGUACCCCCAGCACCUAAUAUGAUCACUCUCACAGUAUCCCGGUGGUAAGGGGAUACCAUUUUCGAAGUGACCCCUUUUUACCCCCCUCUCCCCUAGCAUCAUUUGGUGGAAAAGGCGCGUUUUUUUCUCUAAUGAGUAAUAUUGAAACCAAAACUAAGUGCACGAUCUCGAUUUCUGUAAAAGGAAGAGAUGGCGAGUGUGCGCUUUUAUCAGUGGGGGGUAUCAGGAGAAGAAGAACUGGAGGUGGAAGUAGCGCCUGGGUUAGACUUUGACCGGAUGGUAUGGCUCAUGAAGACAGCUUACAGUGAAGCCAUCUGGCGCCUCCAAUUUGUCAACGAAUUAAAACGUUUUACCCUGUUCAGUCCCCCGGACUACUGUGUCACCGGGAGGAAAGGUAAUUUUUCUCAUUACGCAUAUCACGGCUGGAGGAUAACAGGGGGUACAGAACCGUCUGUAAGUGAAGCUGACCCCUGUACCCCAGGAGAUGGUGAGCUGGAAGAUAUUUUGUGGACCACCGUGGAAGGGCACUGGGACACUGAAAAGGACCCCGAGUGUUGGAAAUGUUGUGAGGAGUCCCGGGGUAGGAGAAGAUGGCAGUUUCCGGAACUUGAUAGGAUUUUACUUGCAGGAAGUUAUGAAAAUGAAAUACAAGUAGCACCUGCUCUCACUUUUAAUGAGAUUAUACAUCUCUUGAAUACUGAUUACAGUGAAACCGUGGAGAGCGAAGGGGUUGUCACUCUGUUUAGCCCCCCACAUAACAGAGUGAUAGGGAGAGCCUGUAGCUGGAGUUUAUUCCCCGAAUGCUUACAUCCAAGAUUUGUCAGGACAGAGGAUAUACAUCCACCCGAACCAAAGGGGUCAGUGAGUUGUCCCACCUGUCCUGGAAGGUUUCAAGAUGCGAUAAAGCUAGCUUGUGGACACAGCCUGGAAAGGACCUUUGUGGCGAGGUACUGGGGUAGAAACGAGGAGUCCCCCCCUUGUCCGGGGAGUUUUGAAGAGGACCACUGCAGAGUAUUAGAAGAGUGUAUAAAGUGCAAAAGGAGAAGCAUGGACCUAAUUAUAACUCUUAAGCAACUACAGCAGGCCAGUAUGAUUAGUAUCAGUCAGAAAAUCCAGCAGAUUUUUGGCACCGCUGUCCAUGCUGCCUAUCCUGAUUCGGAAUGUUUCUCUGUGCAAGUCCUACCAAGUCAGCAGUCCAAAUUUGGAGACUAUUAUUUUGAAUGUGCCAGAAUAGCUCAGAGCCUGAAAUUUAAGGAAAAAAAUAUAAAUCCAAAGGACAUUGCCAAAAAGAUUGUCCAAAAUCUUCCUGAAAACAGUUUGAUUGAGAAGGCAGAAAUUGUAUCACAAGGAUUCAUUCGUGUGUACUUGAAACAAGACUUUAUCUCUGAACAACUGGCACAUCUGCUUGUGAAUGGAGUGAAGCCACCUCUAGCUGAGGUCCCUUUAAAGGUAAUUGUGGACUUUUCUUCACCCAACAUCGGUAAAAAGAUGCGCAUGUCUCAUCUGAGGUCUGCCAUCAUAGGAGAAAGUUUGAGCCGCUUGUUUGAAUACAUGGGUCAUCAUGUUCUGAGACUUAGUCACAUUGGGGAUUAUGGAAGACAGACUGGAAUGUUGAUUGCCCAUCUUCAAGACAAAUUCCCAGGCUACUUGAUAAAGAAUCCUAGAAUUGGUGACCCACAAGAACUUUAUAAGGAAUCAAAAAAGAGGUUUGACAAUGAUGAAGAAUUUAAAAAACGUGCAGUGCAAUGUGCAUUAAAACUGCAAAAUAAGGAGCCUGACUUUGUUAAAGCAUGGUCACUGAUCUGUGAUGCGUCUAGACAAGAGUUUCAGAAGAUAUAUGAUGCCUUAGACAUAAGAGUGAAAGAGAGGGGUGAAUCAUUUUAUCAAGGCACAAUGAAAGAAGUAGUGAAAGAAUUUGAAGAAAAAGGUUUUGUCCAGCUUACUGAAGGCCGCAAGACUGUGCUUCCUCACAACUGUAAUACUGAUCUAACCAUAGAGACAUCUGAUGGUGGUUACACGUAUGAUACAUCAGACCUAGCAGCUCUCCAGCAGAGGCUAUUUGAAGAAAAAGCUGAUGUUAUAAUAUACGUGGUUGAGCGUGAACAGAGUUCUCAUUUCCACUCAUUAUUUAAUGCAGGCCAGAUGAUUGGAUGGUAUGAUCCAGACGUGACCAGGGUGAAACAUGUAGGUUUUGGAGCAGCUCUAAUUGAUGGCAAAAAACAUAUUGGAUCAGGUGACACUUAUCAGAUAAAAGAUCUUCUAGAAGAAGCUCGGAAACAAUCCAUGGACAAGCUGAAGGCAAAGAAGCGAGACAAGGUGUUGACAACAGAAGAACUGAAGGCUGCCCAGGAAUCCAUUGCCUAUGGUUGCAUUAAGUACACCAAUUUCUACCAUGACUACCAUAAGGACUGCACUUUGUCUUUUGGUGAGAUGCUAAAUAACAAGGGGAACACGUCAACGUACUUACUACAUGAGUUUGUCAGGAUGAAGGACAUGGUACAUUCAGCAAACAUCGAUGAGGCCACUCUUCUGACGGCUGCUACGGACACCAGAAUAAGUUUGGAUCAUGAAAAGGAGAGGAAAUUGGCCAAGCUCAUCCUAAGGUUCCCUGAAGUCCUGCAGAGGAUACUGGAAGACCUUAUGCUUCAUAAGCUGUGUGACUUCCUGUAUGAGCUAGCAACCACCUUCAAUGAAUUCCAUGAUAACUGUACCUGUGUGGAGAAAGACAAAUGGACAGAUGAGGUUAAGGUGAACAUGUCGAGGAUAUUGCUGUGUGAAGCCACAGCUGCUGUCAUGGCACAAGGAUUCAAACUCCUAGGCCUUAAUCCUUUGCAGAAGAUAUGAAUCCUGCAAUCCUUAAGGUGCAGCAAAUCUUCACACUUACCAAAACUUUAUAUAUCAAAUUCUAUUUUUUAUUACUGUUUUUAGUUUUGGUGACUUUUACUUUAAGUUGUGAAAAUUAACCUAAAGAUCGUUAGUUUUGUUGGUGUUGAUGUUAAUGCACAUGGUUUACUUUUUACUACUGCAUUGUGUUAAAUUUUUAUGCAGUAUGCACAUCGCUGAUUAAUUAUAUCAAAGAUUAAAUAAGGUAGCCUGUUGCUACAAGAGUCUUGAUAAAACUUGGUGAACUGCUGGCAGCCAUUUAUCCACAAGCCUUCUGAUAGUAAAACCAAUGGUCACUUUUAGGGACUGCAAGCUCAUAUAACUACUUUGCUAAAUUCUUUAAAGCUUAAUGAUGCUGGCAGGAACAGAAGACAGUGCAGCUUCAAGCCAUGCUAAUCAGGUCACAGCAGCUCUGUAUUUUGAAUGCUGCUCCAAUUAGAAAAGAGGAGAGCUGCUAGGUCCAGCA